GGGAGAAACAAGAGCGUGGAGCUACAGAGUGUGGAGCUACAAAACAGAUCUGACCUCAGUUACUGGAACGAAGCAAGGUUCUGUUUUAAAGUCCCCCAAAGUGUCGAAGCGAGACAAUAUGAACACCACUAAUCCAGGCUCCAACGUCACCUUCGCCUCUAGCACAGAAAACGUCACCCUGACCACCCUGACAACCACCACCACCACCUCCUCUGCCCCCAUCCGACAGCCCCCAUCUUAUUUUUCAGACAUGCAUGACCCAGAAUUCACCAUCAUAGUGGUGCUGGCGCUGUCGCUGCUGCUGGCAGGGUUUGCGGCCUUCCUGGCCGUGUGCCGCCCCUCUGAACAGGACGGGGACUCUGAGGCGAGCUGUGCGCCGGGGGAGAGCUUGACUCGUAGAAGGAGGUCGUCCAGCGAGCCCCAGCUCAAGGUGUGGAAGAGGCUGGGCUCGUAUCGGCGUUCGUACAAUCUCUCCUUCAGACGGCCGCCUCAUCGCAGGCCGCACGAGCGCGAGAGCACACGUGCUCCCCAGUCUCCACCUAGGCAGACAACACAGCCAGAGGCCAGUGCGGAGCCCCACCUCACUAUGCCUUGUCUGUUUGACUAUGUUACCGAAAUCUGACUUGAGGACCACCUGAAUGAUGGUUGACUGUUCCCUAGAUGUGACACAGUGUAUAUUUCAUGGUUGGUGCAGCAAACAUCACUAAUACCAGGAGAGGGUGAAGAGUGCAUAUUUAGUAUUUGUUUUAACCUUCUUUGAAUGCUAGGUGGAUGAGCUUUGGUACAAAAUGCAGGUAUUUAAAAAUUAGGUAAUCAAAAAGUCAUCGCAGCAGAGCAAUGCAUUUUUGUUACCGGUCAUUUGUUCCUCUACAUCAUUGCUCUGUGCUAUAUUCAUGAGAGAAAAUGACUAAAUUUGAUUACAGUGAACAAAAAUUCAGUGCAGAGACACCAAAACUAUGACCUCAAGGCUAAACUUAGUCUUUAAAUGACAGAGUCUUAGGUUAGUCUGCUACUAUAGAUUCACUCAAAUUUAAAGUCUGGGGCCAAGCAUCACUACCCAGCAUCACACUGCUUCUUGCUCUGAUGCACUGAAACCCAUUCAUCUGGAAAUUCACAUGCAUUAAGAUAAACACCAUCACACUAGUCUCACAUUAUGGGGGGAACUCCCAGUAUUGACAAGAAAAAUGCAACCCAGGCCAAAAAGAGACCGCUCUGUAACUCAUUCAGUGUGUUUUAAGUAAAU